UACGGCGGCAGGCCUAUUUGCUGGAACCGUAAUGAACCUAAUAAAGAGGAAUUGGAAUUCUUUUGGACCCCAAGGGCAAACUGCCCUGGUGUUUGCAGCCUCCUCUGAGAAGCAAAGCAACGGGGCUGCUUCCUUCUAGAUAGCCUCCUGGGGUCCCUCAUUCAUUGCCCACCCAGUUCUUCCUUCCUGGAGAAUGGGAGCUGGAGGAGGAGACACUAUGCAGGAGAUCUAGGGAAUUUCUUGGGGCUAAUCUCUACUCCGUCUUCCUAGCAAGAUCGUUGUGAGGAUGAAAUGGGAAGACACCACACAUGGACUGUCCUAACUUCCCUAGUGCGAAGGAUGCCUGCUGCCUGCAAGAGUUACAGCUCAGCUUGCUGAUAGAUGAAUGAAUGCAAAUGCUGAAAUCUGCUGCAGCUGGCCACGCUUUUCCCCUGGAAGAAUUUUGAGCGCCUUUGAGAUGAGGAGCAGAAGCAAUUCAGGAGUCCGCUUGGAUAGCUAUGCUCGGCUUGUUCAGCAGACCAUUUUGAACCACCAGAACCCCGUUACAGGGCUGCUGUCUGCCAGCACAGAACAAAAGGAUGCUUGGGUACGAGAUAAUAUAUAUAGCAUUUUGGCUGUGUGGGGCCUGGGGAUGGCCUACAGGAAGAAUGCAGAUCGGGAUGAAGAUAAAGCCAAAGCAUAUGAAUUGGAGCAGAAUGUUGUGAAACUGAUGCGAGGACUUCUGCAGUGUAUGAUGAGACAGGUAGAUAAGGUGGAAAAGUUCAAGCACACACAAAGUACCAAGGACUGCUUGCAUGCCAAGUAUAACACGGCUACUUGUGGGACAGUAGUUGGUGAUGAUGAAUGGGGACAUCUACAAGUAGAUGCAACUUCCCUUUACCUUCUCUUCCUGGCUGAGAUGACAGCAUCAGGAUUGCGCAUUAUUUUCACCCUUGAUGAAGUUGCCUUUAUACAGAAUCUUGUGUUUUACAUAGAGGCAGCGUACAAAGUUGCUGAUUAUGGCAUGUGGGAACGUGGUGAUAAGACUAAUCAGGGUAUCCCUGAACUGAAUGCAAGCUCUAUAGGAAUGGCCAAAGCUGCUUUGGAAGCGAUUGAUGAAUUGGACCUUUUUGGAGCUGCAGGAGGACAUAAGUCAGUGAUUCAUGUCCUUCCAGAUGAAGUUGAGCAUUGUCAGUCUAUUUUAUACUCCAUGUUGCCAAGGGCAUCUACAUCAAAAGAGAUUGAUGCUGGACUCUUGUCCAUUAUCUCCUAUCCAGCCUUUGCCGUAGAAGAUAUGAAUAUUGUUAAUGCAACAAAAAAUGAAAUUAUUACCAAACUUCAAGGACGGUAUGGCUGCUGUCGUUUUCUUCGAGAUGGCUAUAAAACACCAAGAGAGGAUCCAAAUAGAUUGCACUAUGAUCCUGCUGAGCUCAAAUUGUUUGAGAACAUAGAAUGUGAGUGGCCUGUAUUCUGGACCUAUUUCCUAAUUGAUGGUGUGUUCAACGGAGACAGAAUUCAGGUGCAAGAAUACAGAGAGGCCUUGGAGGGUAUACUUAUUAGAAAAAAGAAUGGAAUUCUUCUUAUGCCAGAACUGUAUGCUGUUCCAUCAGAUAAGGUCAAUGAAGAGUAUGAAAAUCCUCACACAGUGGACCGUGUCCCAGCUGGAAAGCUUCCUCAUCUGUGGGGCCAGUCAUUAUACAUUUUGAGUGCCCUCUUAGCAGAGGGAUUUCUGGCAACUGGUGAAAUUGAUCCCUUAAACAGAAGGUUUUCAACUGCUUUUAAGCCUGACGUAGUUGUUCAAGUAAAUGUUCUAGCAGAGACAAAUGAAAUUAAGAAACUUCUGAAACAUCAUGGAAUCAAUGUCCAGAGCAUUGCUGAUAUUAAUCCUAUUAGAGUGCAGCCAGCACGGAUUCUAAGCAACCUCUAUGCCAAGCUUGGACGCAAUAAGAGCCUGAAAUUGAGUGGAAGACCCUACAGACAUAUUGGUGUCCUAGGAACAUCCAAACUAUAUGUAAUAAGAAAUCAAACAUUUACUUUUACUCCUCAGUUUACAGAUCAGCAUCACUUCUACCUGGCAUUAGACAAUCGCAUGAUUGUGGAGAUGCUGCGAACUGAGUUGGCUUAUCUCACUUCCUGCUGGAGGAUGACAGGAAGACCAACCCUCACUUUCCCGAUCACCAACACAAUGCUUGUUGAUGAUGGCUCUGAUAUUGAUCCAGCAAUUCUUGCUACUGUGAGAAAACUUGGGGAUGGAUACUUUGGAGGGGCCAGAGUGAAGUUGGGCAAACUCUCAGACUUUCUGACUACUUCAUUCUACACAAACCUGAGCUUUCUAGAUCCUGAUUGUGAUGGCAAACUAUUUGAUGAUGACAGUGAAGGUUAUUCUAGCCCAGAAAGUGGCUAUGAACUAGAAGAUUAUGCAGACUUCUGCGACAAAGAAAGCCAGGAUGAACUGGACCAGUAUAUACACAACAUGUUACAGAGUACUGCUCUCAAAUCAUACUUGCCUCCGGUCACAAAAGUCUCUGGCUCAUCCUGUGUGUUUAGUGCUGCUCAUUCUACUAGAGAAAUUCUGUCAAUCAUGGCCAAGACAAAGGGACUGGAUGUUCCAAAUGUUUCAAUGUCUUUGCCUACAAAGGUUUUAAACACCCAUCGGAAAUCUCUAAACCUAGUUGACUCUCCACAUCCACUGGUGGACAAGGAGCCAGGGGCGAAUGCUCUUCAGCAUUCUCCAAAUAUUCUUCAUUUGCCCAGGGAUGCACAUGGAGAUUUGGACUGUGAGAAAUUAGUUGGGCAGCUAAAGGAAUGUUCUACUUUACAUGACCAGGCGGAUAUAUUAUACAUCUUGUAUCUAUUAAAAGGUCUUGACUGGGAAACACAGCUCUAUGGUCAAGGUGGAGUCACAGUUCAUUGCCUCCUCAAUGAGCUCUACAGCAAAGCAGGCCUGAACCAAGAAUGGGGAUUGAUUCGCUAUAUUUCUGGCAUACUAAAAAAAAGAGUGGAGGUCCUGGCUGAGGCUUGCACAGACCUCCUUUCACAUCAGAAGCAACUAACUGUUGGUUUGCCUCCUGAACCUCGCGAAAAAACAAUUAUUGCCCCACUGCCACCUGAGGAGCUUACAAAACUCAUCUAUGAAGCCAGUGGCCAUGAUAUCAGCAUAGCAGUCCUUACACAGGAAAUCAUGGUCUACUUGGCUAUGUACGUCCGAUCACAGCCCAGUCUCUUUGCAGAGAUGCUCAGGCUCCGCAUUGGGCUCAUUAUUCAAGUGAUGGCAACAGAACUUGCUCGCAGCUUGAAUUGUUCAGGUGAAGAAGCCUCUGAAAGCUUAAUGAAUCUAAGCCCCUUUGAUAUGAAAAACCUCCUUCAUCAUAUUCUCAGCGGGAAAGAGUUUGGCGUCGAAAGGAGCAUGCGUCCUCUUGAUUCCUCUACAUCAAGCCCAGCUAUAUCCAUUCAUGAAGUGGGACAUACAGGAGCAACUAAAACAGAAAGAAGUGGCAUCACUAGGCUGAAGAGUGAGAUGAAACAGAGACAUAGGAGGCAAAGUAGUGAUCAGUUCUUCUAUGGGGGCCAUUCCACACCCAGCAGCUUACAUUCUUCCAGGUCCAUGAGAUGCAGCAGUCCAUCUUCUCCUACCAGUACGUCAUCCCUUACGGGUUCUGGCGGACAUUGUAUCAGUUGGGGUGAUCGGCAAGGGCAAUGGCUACGCAGAAGGCGACUUGAUGGUGCCAUUAACAGAGUCCCUGUGGGUUUCUAUCCAAAAGUCUGGAAGAUCCUUCAGAAGUGUCAUGGUCUGUCCAUAGAUGGCUACGUCCUUCCUUCUUCAACAACAAGGGAGAUGACUGCGUGUGAAAUCAAAUUUGCUGUCCACGUGGAGUCUGUGCUGAACCACGUACCUCAGCCAGAAUACAGACAACUGCUAGUGGAGGCCAUAUUGGUUCUGACACUGUUAUCAGAAAUUGAGGUGAACAGCAUUGGGGGUAUCAUUCAUGUGGAUCGGAUUGUGCACAUAGCAAAUGAUCUCUUCCUUCAGGAACAGAAAGCCCUUGGAACAACUGAUGGCUACUUGGAGCAAGACAUGGGUACGGGUAUCUGUUACUUCUUCUAUGACAGUGCCCCAAGUGGUGCUUAUGGAACAAUGACUUAUCUGACAAAAGCAGUGGCAAGUUACCUACAGGAGUUUCUUCCAAGUACAGGCUGCCUGAUGCAAUAAAUUGUGUAAAAUACAAGGAAAAUACAAAAUUAUUUUUAAAAUGUCUUCUCACUAUCCUGUCUCUGAAAUGUCAUCCCCUUAAUUACUCUAUCUCUCUCCUUACUCUACCCCAACAUUGUGUAUGUCAUUUGACCAUUUAAAGAGGUGAUACCUAAGGUAUUAUUGCAAGUCGUGCUCCCUGUCUAUUAAUUUGAAUCUGCUCAGACUCAGGUACAUGAAAUAAAGACAUAAAAAGGCAUUCCUGAAUGUAAGAAAAGUGUCUUUCUAACACAACAUCCGAUUAGGUUUCACACUGUUGUUCUAAGGCAGACAUAGCAUAUUAGUAUUCACGUGGGAUCAAUGCAUUGAACAGAAUUCUUCUCCAAAAACAAAGAAAAGAAACAGCCAGGUGCAAACUAUGGCUGUUUUAACUAGAAAUCUUUCAAAGUUUUAAAUUGGGAACAAGUAGGAGAGGAAAUAUAAAUUCUUAGAAGAGUAAGACUAAAAGUAUGUCAUCUUUUUUCACUGUGCUUCCAGCCAGAAAACUCCUGUGCAGAAUGAUGGCCACCAUGAAAACAUUGGCUGAACAACUAGCUAUAUCAUUUAAAAUUAGUAUCUGAUGCCUUUAUUUUUUUCGCUAGAUGUUCACUUGGCAUAUAUAUGCUGGGACAGUGAGGCCAGUCAUACUGAUACUUUCACAUGUAAUGAAAAAAUAUGUAGGGCUGACAGACCUGAAGGUCCUUGUGAUGCUUUCAUGUUGAUUAUUGGACUGUUUGAAUAGAGAUCUUACAAAUGUGUGAAGUAGUGUCCCUUCUUCUUCCCCCCUCACACCAUUUUCAAAAGUUUCUUCCACAUAUGCUGUAACUAGUUCAAGCAUUCACUCAAGCACACAUCAUACAGUUUUGUCAGGAUCAUACCACUUCAGAAUGCUGUUUGGGGGAUUUCUGUGUUUGAAUUCCCAUGGUCCAAAUCCCUGCCAGCUGAAAGACAGCACAUCAGUUAGAAAGUGUUUUUGAGGAGAAAUGGGAAUUUGUUACUUAUUAUUUUGUCAAGUUUGCCCAUAUUUAUUUAUUCUCACUCCAUCCUGUGUCUGCUGCUAUUCACAGGAGGUAAAACUCCUACAAAUGGCAUGCUUGUGAGAAACUACAGAUAAAGCUUGCAUAAUUUAUAAAUUGAGAAAAUGCAAAAUCCUUUGGAAUCAGAAUUGUCUUUUUGUCUCUAGUUUGUAUUCUGCUUUUCUUUAAGGGCCUGUUAAAAGACUUUGCAAGUGGGCUGAAUCAACCACGUUCAAAGGUACUGAAGUCAUAGACCCUAAUCAGAUGUAAAUUUGAAGAGUUGUAACCCUGAGUAAAUUACUAACUUGUACAUGUUAACAUAGCUGUUCCAUUAGAUUAUUUUUUUUAACCAGUUCACUGAUGGACGAAUAUGGAAUAUUGACCUGUAACUAACAGCUUAGUAGAGGAAACAGCAUUAAAAGAACUUUGUAAGCAAA